CAACUAUCGUGAGAAAAUACCACCUCCAGCUCGGCCUGUUUGCCAUCGCUAACCGCGACCCAUCUGUCAAAUUUCUUUCUUUUCGUUGAUUUUUCGACGCCCGCACAAGCAAGAUGAAACAGAACCCGUUCGUGUCGUCGUCGCGCAGGAAGAACCGCAAGCGCCACUUCCAGGCACCCUCCCACAUCCGCAGGCGCCUCAUGUCUGCUCCCCUGUCCAAGGAGCUGCGCCAGAAGUACAAUGUGCGUUCCAUGCCCAUCCGCCGCGACGAUGAGGUCCAGGUGAUCCGCGGCCACUUCAAGGGCAACCAGGUGGGCAAGGUGGUCCAGGCCUACCGCAAGAAGUUCGUCGUCUACGUCGAGAAGAUCCAGCGCGAGAACGCCAACGGCACCAACGUCUACGUGGGCAUCCACCCCAGCAAGGUGCUGAUCGUCAAGCUGAAGCUCGACAAGGACCGUAAGGCCAUCCUGGAGCGUCGCGGCAAGGGUCGUCUGGCCGCUCUCGGCAAGGACAAGGGCAAGUACACCGAGGAGACCGCCGCCCAGCCCAUGGAGACCGCGUAAAUCGCCGGCUAAAACUCUGCUCUGGACAACUGGGACGUCGCUGUUUACUGUUUUUACCGUAACGCUUAGUGUAAAAAACAAAACAUCUGAAAAAAAUCGCGUGUGGAAACGGCGCCAUUCUUUACAAUAAAGAAAAGUUGAUUUUCGCAAUUGGA